AUGCCAGGCAACAAAGCAAAUCAACCACAACAGCAAAAAGUAAGCAAUCGUGAACACUGUAUCAUUUGUUGCCCUUGCAUACCACUCGCUGUUCUGGCUUUAGCAGCUGCAAGCCCUCUUCCGCCCGCAUGCUCCACAAAAAGUGUUAUGAAAGAAGACAACUUUGGAAACGGCAUCGUUGUGAUUCGUGUGGUUGGCUUGGAUGGUGAAGGAUUUACUUUGAGGCUUCCUGAAUCCAAAAGUGGGUACGAUGUUUGGAAGAUGGCCAAAGAUCGACUGCCAUGCAAAUCUGGCGCUGCUGUAUCAAUAUACAACGGAUCAGAGAAGCUCGCGAUGAGCAGGACUUUGAGAGAACAGGGGCUUGGACAGGAUUCCACAUUAUCCUAG